UACUGAUGAUUUGUCAAGAUCACCAGCUGUGAUAACAAUUAAGCUUUAUUUUCUAGACUUCAAUAAUAAUAUCUCGUUGAAUCGAAACAGUUAAGAGCGAUGUCGAGUGUUUGUUUAAACGGAUCGACGGGCUUUUCUGUAUGAUUGAAACACGUCGAUAUAGUCGAAAACGAUGGAUAAGAAACAACUUUGCGAAAUCCUUUUCAAGUGGCUCCAGAGUUUCAGUGUGGAGAAAAAGUUUGGUACGAUCAAAGACUUGAACGACGGGGUCGUCAUAGCCCAAGUGUUGAAUCAAAUCGCCCCGGAAUGGUUUCCGCCCGUUUGGCUCUCCAAAAUCAAGACGGACGCAAACGACAAUUGGAGACUGAACGUCUCCAACUUAAAGAAGGUGCUUUCCAAGAUCCUCGACUACUACCAGGAAUGCUUCGGUCAGAACCUCAACCCGAGCGUACUUCCGGACGUGGUGAAAAUAGGUGACGGCUGCGAUCCCCAGGAGCUGGGCAGGCUCCUCCAACUCGUACUCGGAUGCGCCGUUAACUGUGAUAACAAACAAGAAUAUAUAGGUCAAAUAAUGAAAAUGGAUGAAAUUGAACAAAGGGUUAUGAUGGAAUGUAUACAGGAGCUUGACAGUGGAGGUGCCCUCAGCUUUUCGGCAAACUUUUCCCUUGACCCCCAGUUGGAACAACUUGUAGCUCAGCUGAAUGCUGCAAAUUUAGCCAAGGAAAAGGCUGAACUUAAAGCAAAUGAACUUGACCUUCAGAUUGCUACUUUACAAGAAGAAAAGCUACAGUUAAUAGAAGAAAAGAAAAAUCUUUUAGAUGAGCUUCAUUCUAGGUAUGAGUUGACAGGAAGUGGGCCCUUGCGGAGACAGGUGGAGAGUUUAAAAGAAGAGAUUUUCAAAUUAGAAACUCAAAGGGAUGAUUAUCGUUUGAAACUGGAACAUCAAGAUAAGGAAAUGUUGGAACUGCAAGCAAUUGUAGAUGACCUUCAGAGAUCAGCUCAAGAAGCAAGGUCUCUUAAGGAUGAGCUUGACAUCCUCCGUGAGACGGCAGAUCGUGUCGAAAAGUAUGAAGCAGCUAUUGAAUCAUACAAGAAGAAGCUUGAAGAGGCUGGUGACAUGAAAAGGGAACUGAAACAAAUCGAGGCCAAGCUCAAGGAAUAUAUGCUGAUGAAUAUGGAACUCGAAGAAGAAUUGAAAAAAGUUUCAGGUUUAAAAGCUCAGGUCGAGGUCUUUAAAAAAGAAACUACUGAAUUACAUGAUAGAUUAAGUGAUGAAACAAAAAGAGCCGAUAAACUUCAAUAUGAAGUUGGUGUUCUCUCCAGCAAGCUGAUGACUACCGUCGGAGAAAAGGAAAGGCUCAUAAAAGAGAGGGACGCUCUAAAAGAAGCUAAUGAAGAAUUGAGCUGUGCUAAAGUCCAUGCCCAAAGUCCAGUAGGGGGAAAUAAAGAUAUCGGAUUAGAAUCAGUUGGUGUCCUAGAAUCAAGUUCAGACCUUAGACAAAAAAUUGCAAGGUUGGAACAUGAAAACCAAAUGCUUAAAAUGUCCCAGAAAGGAAAAGAGGAAGACUCGGUACAGGUCUUGCAAAACCAUUUAGAAACUUCAAGAGCACUCUGUGAUAAAAUGUGGAAGGAAAAUAGACAAGCCCAUCAGAAAAUAGCAAAACUUGAAGGAGAACUGAGAGAAGCUAGUGAAAAAGACGGUUUUCAGACCAAAAUUAUGGAACUGCAGCAACAGCUUUUUCAACAGCGGCACAAAUAUUCAGCUGAGUUGGAUGAAAAAGAUGCAGCACUUGUUGAGAGUAAAGAUGUUAUUAGCAUAUUACAAGAAAAACUUUCACAAAAAGAAGCCGAACUCCAGGAAUCUGAAGCGAGGAGUAAAAAAUAUUGUGAAAAGGCUCGAUCUGCCAUUAAAGCAAUAGAUCCUGAUAUCGAUACCAACUCAACUGAGGCCAGCUUGCGCAGCCAAAUCGUAGAAAUACAUCGUAGUUACAAAGAGAAGGAAAAGGAAAUGGAGGAGAUGAAGAAAAUCUUUGAAAUGGAAGGCAAAAUGAUAUCCACGACUUUUCACAGACUCAGCCAGAAAAAACAGAGGGAAGCCAUCGAACAGCGAUUAGCGAGCCUAGGGCAUGGUCAGUCUUUCAUCAACAGCCAACGUCAACCGGUAACAAUGCGUUUCAGCACCUUAAAUUCCAAAUAAAAUCACUAGAGUGGUUUUAGUACAUAUCAUUGGUCUUAUGGUCAUAUAUGUUAUAACUACUAACAUAACAGGCGUGUAUGUAUUUAAAACAAUGUUCAGGCUAUAUUUUAUGGGGGGUUUCGAUAAUAUAUUUAAUAUAAAUUUCAGAAAUCUUCUAACAGUAGAAUAACUAAAUUUACAAGUACAAUAAAACAAAUACAACAAUUAUAUAUAGUCAUCAAAUCUAGAAAGAAGACUGCUGAUCAAAAUUGGUAAAGAUAUAUUUUUGGAUAUACUUUUUUUUUUUUUAAUUAACAUUGAUUUAAUUGAAUCGUAAUGUGAUGUUUUCUUAAACUGACUGAAAUAGAUUUGAAAUCUAAUUGAGAUAUACACGUCUUUGGAUGAAAAACUGUAAACCGACAAUAUUUUCACAAUAUGUAAAUCAAUCUUAAAUAUAUCUUUUGAAUGCACUGGUAAAAGGGUAUUCGUUUUAAUAUUUUUAUAUCAGAAAUAGAGAAUUUAGUAUAUUCAUUAUAGAGACGUAGAUUAUAACUGUUUAAUAAGCAUAUCGUAUAAUUCAAACACCUCUCAAAAUAUGUAGCAAUUGUCACUAAUCACGUUAAAAAUAUGUAGUAAAAUAUAAAACCCAUUCGAUAAAUAUGAGGUAAUGAAUGAUUAACAAAUUGUUACAGUUAGGUCUGUUCUCUGUUUGGUUUCCAUUAUUAUUAGUAUUAUAUAAGAUGGUCAUAUAAGACGCACUAAAAGGAUUAAUUUUAAAACAUUCCAAAGGAUUUGAUUCAGCUUAUUCAACCGUGAACCAACUGUUAACCACCUCAAUUUUGGGGCCUCGUGUCUCCAAAAAUUCGAUGGAAAGUCAUUUUAACAGAGGUCGGCAAAAAAAGAAGUUGUUAGAGGCCAUUGAUGACCUAGUGUGUUCAUCACUGACUUUGAAAAGUUGUUAAUUUAUAGCGUAAUUGAAUGUGUUACUUUUUAAGAGAAUUCUCCGUAAAUUUAGAAUUUUUAUUUAUUUUUUCUGAAGCCUUUGUGUUUAUAAUUCAUAAUUUUGUUUUCUUUAAAUUUAUUGUGUUCCAUUUUUUGAUUUGCCAUAUUUUUGACAAAAGUAUAAUUAAUAAUUUCAUAAAGAGGUGAACAGUUGGCCAAGUUACAAGAAGUUUCAUGGUGGGGUUCAUUUCACCACACUGCAUUUUUUUUUCCUCUCCGAAAGAGUUCACUAUUUUCCUCACUGAUAAAUAGUGUGGUGCCAGACUAAUGUGUGUUUGGUUUCUCAGGAAUCCCAUUCACCACUGAGCGUGAAUGUGGGAUUGUUUGCAAGAAAGU